AUGGCGGAAAACGAAGCUAAAGCUCGGAAGAAGUUGGAGGAUGCGGAAAAAAAAGCAAGGGGUGGAAGUGGAUUUUUAAGUGGUUUAUUUGGUAAUGCUAAAGCAGAAGAAGCUGCCGAUCUUUUUGUACAAGAGGAUUCAAAAGCCGUCUUAGCAUGCGAAGAAAAUGGCUGUGGAAUGAGUUUUGAUAGUGUCGCCACUUUUGAAGACCAUUACGAGCGGUGUCAUAGGCAUCAGUGUGCCAUAUGCGGACGGCAGUUUCCAAAUACACAUUGCCUAGAAAUUCAUGUCGAUGAGAAUCACUGUUCGAUUUUCAAGAUUAAAAGAGAUCGUAAUCCCACUGUCGCCUUGUUUCGGUGUUAUGAAGCCUCUUGUUUCCAAACAUAUGUAAAUCCAGAAGAAAGAAAUUGUCACUCUGAAGAGGUGCAUGGUAUCAGUGAUCUCUCACUAUUUAUGAAAAGAAGAAAAUUGCCGCGGAAAGAAUUUGAGGCAGGGAAUUUAUUCAAAAUAUCAAAAUCAUGGAAGGAAGCGGGUGACGCAUUUGUGAGAUCCGCAGAAAUACAUGCAGCGGCUACCGAUCGAAAGCACGAUGCAGCUUCAAAUUAUGCAGAAGCAGCCAACUGUUAUCGUAAAGUUAAUCCACAGCAAGCGAUCGAUUGCUUGAUGAAGACUGCUGAAACUUACACGGAUAUGGGUCGUUUCAAUAUGGCUGCUAAAUAUCAUUGCACGAUGGCCGAAAUUUUUGAAAGUGAGGCUCCAGAUAUGGCACAAGCUAUGACUCAUUAUCAGGAGGCAGCUGAUUUUUAUAAAGGUGAAGAAAGCCGAAGUUCUGCCACUAAGUGUAUGAUUAAAGUUGCACAGUAUGCCGCACAAUUGGAAGAUUAUAAAAGAGCAAUCAAAAUUUUCGAAGAAGUGGCUACUUGGGAAGCUAACCAUCCUACCUUAAAAUAUGCUGCAAAAAAUCAUUUUUUCCAAGCCCUUCUUUGCCAUCUUUGUUCUGAUUUGCUAGAUACUCAAAAUGCGCUAAAACGUUAUGAGGAAAUUUCUCCGUCAUUUGUGGAUUCGCGAGAAUAUAAACUUGUCAAUGAAUUAAUUUCGUGUUUGGAAGACAAAAAUCAAGUCAAGUUCACGGAAGUAGUGAAAGCAUUUGAUAAAAUAUCACGUUUGGAUCAGUGGCACACAUCACUUUUGGUCAAAAUCAAACGAUCAUGUGGCGAUGAGGACGAUGAUGACCUUAAAUGA